UACCGCGCCGACCCCAGGCGCUUCAAGGUCGCUCUGUGGAGCGGGAGCGCGCGUGCGUGACCAGACCCGGAUUCGGGCGCGCGUUCUGUCUUUAGGGCGAGCUUGCGGGCGAAAUGUCGGGGUACACGCCGGAUGAGAAGCUGCGGCUGCAGCAGCUGCGGGAGCUGAGAAGGCGAUGGCUGAAGGACCAAGAGCUGAGCCCCCGGGAACCCGUGCUGCCCCCGCGCAGGAUGUGGCCCCUGGAGCGAUUCUGGAAUAACUUCUUGCGGGACCGGUCCCCGUGGAAGAACAUGAUCUUUAAGGCAUACCGGUCCAGUCUCUUCACCGUUUCCCAUGUACUUAUACCUCUUUGGUUUAUUCACUAUUAUGUAAAGUAUCAUAUGGCUACAAAACCAUAUGCCAUUGUUGAAACGAAGCCCAGAAUAUUCCCAGGCGAUACAAUUCUGGAGACUGGAGAAGUAAUUCCACCAAUGAGAGAUUUUCCUGAUCAACAUCAUUGAAGAGCACUUAAAAACUUAAAAGACUUGUGUAACAGCACAGGUUUGUUCCUAAAGUGCUAUGCUUACUGGUCUAUGUCCUGCAAAAGUAACUAAUAAAGCUUAUUACUUUCCAAA